AUGGUGGAUUGUGUAUUGAGAAUAAGGGUCUUGGGCAUCUUGGAAAAUCUUUUCAUCGGAAGAGACUUCGCUUUCUUAGGAGAAGGUUCAGUCUUUUGGGGAAAAAGUGGAGUUGGUUUAAGAGAUUGUCUUGAAAUUGUUGGAAAUACUUUUGAUGGCCUUACAUACUUUAGCACUUCUUCCGCUCGAGAGAUAGGUUUCUUGGUUCCUUCAGCUGUCACUUCUUUGUCGUAG